AUGCAUAUUUUGUUUUCUUCGUGUUCAGGAGGCAAGAAGAAACCAUUGAAACAACCUAAAAAAUCAAACAAGGAAAUGGAUGAGGAUGAUCUUGCUUUCAAACAGAAAAAGAAGGACGAGCAGAAAAAGCUUGAAGAGAUGAAAGCAAAAGCUGCAGGCAAAGGACCGCUUGUUUCUGGAGGUAUUAAGAAAUCAGGCAAGAAGUAACAGUGAACACUGGAAUGUCAAAUGUGCUGACAUUUGCAUCACUUGUAUAUCUCCAGGGGACGCAGGAUUAAUACACAUCUCUCUUUGUGAUCUUCUGUUUACGUUUCUGCCUUACCUGUAAAUUGUAUAUUUGUUUAAAAUGCCAAUAAAUUCUUUUUCCUGUU